AUGACCGCGUCCUCAUCCAAGGUCUGGCCGAACGGCGUUUCCGUCCCCCUCACUACCCCCUUCAAGGCCGAUGAGACCAUCGACCACGCUGCGCUCGCGGCACAGGUCGUGCGUCUCGCUCAGGCUGGCGUCGGUAUCGUCCUCCUUGGCACGAACGGCGAGGCUUCGCACCUGUCCGCGGAGGAGAGGAAGUCCGUUGUCGAGACUGGACGGAAAGCGCUCGACUCGAACGGUUUCGAGGGCACGCCCCUGCUUGUUGGUACCGGCGGAGGAUCGGCGGCGACCACCAUCGAGCUCUGCAAGGACGCCGCGAGCGCGGGCGCUACCCACGCCAUCGUCAUCUGUCCCGGAUACUUUGCGUUCGCGAUGGGCCGCGACCGCCAGGCCAUCCUGGACUUCUUCAACAAGGUCAUGGACCACUCGCCCAUCCCGGUCAUGAUCUACAACUUCCCUGGCGCCGCCGCCGGCAUCGACCUCAACUCUGACGAGCUCUGCGCUCUCGCCGAGCACCCGAACUGCUUUGGUGCUAAGCUCACCUGCGCCAUGAUCGGCAAGGGCCAGCGUCUUGCCGCCUACACCCAGACCCCGGAGUUCCUCGCCAAGCGCGGCCCCCAGCUCGCCUCGGUCACGGAGACGGGCGCGUUCCAGGUUCUGCCCGGAUUCAGCGAGUCGCUCCUCCCCGCCCUUCUCGCCAAGCACCACGGCUGCAUCACGGGCACGGGCAACGUCUUCCCCAAGACUAUCAACCGUCUCUACACCCAGGCGCUCAAGGGUCUCAAGGGCGAUGUCAAGGCGCUCGAGGAGGCCGUCAGGCUCCAGGACCGUGUUGCCCGCAGCGACUUCAUCAUCGUCAAGGCCGGCAUUCAGGGCACCAAGCACGCCCUCGACCACUUCGUCCAGCCUGGUCUCGGUGGAACGAGCCGCCUGCCCCUCGGCAAGCUUACGCCCGAGGUCAAGGCUAUGGUCGAGACGGAGCUGAAGGAGGACUGGGAGUUUGAGAGCUCCCUCUAG